AUGACUCCCGCAUCCACCUCCCCUCUCGCCGCCGCCGCCGUCGUACCCACGAACCUAUCUUCCUUCUCUCGCUGCCCCCCUCGCCGCCUCCCGCGCGUCUCCUGCCUGGCGGCGCCCGAACGCGGGGGCGGCAAUGCGUCGAACGCCCCGCCGGCACCGCCGCAGCAGCCGAGGUGGCGCGCCGCGGUAUCUGCCGCGCUCGCGGCGGCCGUGGUCGCCGCCUCGAUGCCAGCUUACGCGGACCUGAACAGGUUCGAGGCCGAGCAGCGGGGAGAGUUUGGCAUUGGCUCCGCCGCGCAGUUCGGCUCGGCCGACCUCAAGAAGGCUGUCCACGUUAACGAGAACUUCAGGCGGGCCAACUUCACAUCCGCUGAUAUGAGAGAGUCGGAUUUCAGUGGUUCCACAUUCAAUGGUGCCUAUCUUGAAAAGGCUGUUGCUUAUAAGGCAAAUUUCACGGGUGCCGAUUUGAGCGAUACAUUAAUGGACCGCAUGGUUCUAAAUGAAGCUAACCUUACAAAUGCUGUCCUUGUACGGUCAGUCCUAACACGUAGUGAUCUUGGAGGAGCGAUCAUUGAAGGUGCUGACUUCAGUGAUGCUGUUAUUGACCUACCACAGAAACAGGCAUUAUGCAAAUAUGCAAGUGGGACCAACCCCAUAACAGGGGUAAGCACCCGAAAAAGCCUAGGAUGUGGCAAUAGCCGUCGAAAUGCAUAUGGGAGCCCUUCAUCCCCUCUAUUGAGUGCCCCGCCACAAAAGCUUCUUGACCGAGAUGGUUUCUGUGAUCCAGCUACUGGUAUGUGCGAUGCAAACUGA